AUGUACAACUAUUACAGUUUUCUACAUCGUCAUGAUGAAGCUUUUUCAACUGAACCAGUGAAGGGAACAGCAACAGAUGGAACUAGAACGCUGAGAUAUAAUUAUGUUCAGGAGUUAAAAACUGUAGCCAAUCCGGCAUUCAUUCAUUAUCUCCAACAUUUCCCGAUGAUUUUUGAAGUUUUUGGGCAUUUAACUAAAAUAAAUGUUAGUAGCAUGUUUGCCAAUGCUUGCCAAGAAAAACGAAACCCAGUUGUGGCAAAGUAUGAUCUUUUAAUUUGGUUUGAAAUAUGCGAAUUUGGAAGUAAUGGAGAAUAUCACCCUGCUAUUGUUGAUCACGCAAAUGGCCUUCCAACACACGGGGUAUUUCUCCUCCAUCAAGGGAUUCAAAGACGUAUAAAAAUUACAAUUUGUCAUGAGAAAGGUGAUAUACAAUGGAGAGACUGUCAAGAGCUGGUAGUUGGACGAAUAAGAAAUACUGCUGAAUGGGCUGGUGGGCAUGAUGAUGAUGUUCUCAGUUUGGGACUUGUAUUCUUUCAAUUCGAAGCUGCAUGGGAUUCUUCAUUACAUAAUUCUUCACUUUUAAAUCGCGUUUCUGGUUAUGGUGAACAAGUUUACAUGACAAUAUCGGCUUACAUGGAGCUAGAAAAUUGCUCACAACCAGCCAUCAUAACAAAGGAUGUUUGCAUGCUCAUUUAUGCGAGAGAUUCGAAGGUUAGCGCAGCUAGUCGCUUUUGCCGUUCAUUAAUUGGGGGAAUAUCCAAAAGUCCUGAAAUGAAUCGAGUACCUGGAAUUUAUUUGCUCACGUUGAUGCAGGAAAAUGAAGAAAACAGUCCUGAUGUUCGCGGAGAGGAGAACCUGGGAACAUGGAGGCCACGAGGAGACUCAAUCAUUCUCGAGCAUCAAAUCGAAUUAGAAAAGCUUAGUAAAUUGCAGCAAGUAGAGCGGAUGAGACUGUUUCUUAAACUUAGGCGUUCUAGAAAAUUGGGCAGUGGGGAUACACCAAUGACACCAACAGCUCCGAAAUUUCAAAUUCCAGACAAAAUUAAGUUAACGCCUUUAGAGAAGAAAAUUGCUGAGAAAGUAAUCCAUCUGAUUAAAUUAAGAAUUCCUGUCAACAAGGAAUCUCCAACUGGAAAGAAGUUAGAGGCUCUGAGUAGUGAAAGCUCUCAAAGUGGUGGAAGUGUUGAUAGCCGUAACAAUCCCGCUACCUUGGACGUUGUAACGAGGAGUAGAUCUCGAUCCUUUGACAAUCUGAAUGCCCCAGAUUUGGGAAUUGGAGGCGAAUCGUCUAUGAAAAGGUCAACUUCAGGCAAUUGCAUGUUCAAGGAUGAAAAUUCAACAAGACUUUUGCCUGAUGUAACAGAAGAGCGUGUAGGCUUAAUUGUUUCAAGAAAAGGAUAUAUGAAUUUCAUGGAAGGAGUGCGCAAUGAAUGGAUUAGAAGAUGGGUGGUUAUUCGAAGACCUUAUAUUCUGCUAUAUAGAGAUGAAAAAGAUUUGGUAGUAAGAGGCUUAAUAAAUUUGGCAAUUUCCAAGAUUGAAUAUGAAGAUGGACAACAAUUGGUGGUUGGCAUGGAAAAUGCCUUUUCUGUUUAUACAAAUAAUCGGGCAUUUUUCAUGCAACCCUUGGCAGGGGAAUGCGUUUUCGAUUGGAUUUAUGCGUUAAAUCCUCUUCUAGCUGGUAAGAUUAGGUCGAGGCGACUUACAGAAAUACCCAAAAAGAUUAGUAAUGCAUGA